CCCCCCCGCGCGCGGGCCCGGGGGCGCUGCCGCCCGAGUGGGGAGCGGCGAACAAAAAGAGGAAAACCGGGAGAGCGGCGGCACCUCGGGGCAGGCUCGGCUCCUCCGGAGUAAGAAAUGGAGAUGAUGACUGAAAAACAGAGAGAUAUGAGGUAUUUCUGGAACAAUACCCCUGAAAAAAGCGAUUAUGAGGCUGUAGAAGCCCUUAUUUCUAUGAGUUGCAGCUGGAAACCAGACCUCAAGAAACAUGGAGAAAUGAGACCCAUAACUCCUGCAUCUGACAUAUCAGAAGAAAGUGAUGAGGCUUUGCUUCCUGGAGCAGCGGACUUUAACGCAAUACCAGCAUUAUGCCUGACCCCUCCCUACAGCCCUUCGGACUUGGAGAUGUCGCAGGUGAUCCAUCCCCUCAGCAAGGCGCUGCCCGAGGCUUCCAAGCCUCCUCUGGCCACACCUCAGAGAGAAGCAGAGAGGUCUCCAACAGCCAGGCCUCUAAAAGCUCGAGUGACAAGUGUUAUCCGCCACACGGCCGAUGCCCAGCUCUGUGAUCACAAAACCUUCCCUGUGAGAACAGCCAGUGUGCUCAAAUACCAGGACAGUGCUUGGAGGGAAGCAAACUGGAAACAGGAUGCCAAAGAAGAGCACUCCGUGUGCUCCACCGUGGCACCAAGUGGAGCCAGUGCUGAGACCAGCGAACUGUCAGUGGCAGAAGGAAGAACUGCAGAGCCAGCUGUUGGUCCCAUGCCCUUGACAGAGCCCUCGGUGAGCAAGGAGGAGCCUGUCCCUGAACCAGCAGAGCAGCCUGCGGUGGCAGCACCGCUGUCCCCUGCCCCAGGCAGCGGAGCUCCCCCUGUGCCAGUGAUUUGCCAGAUGGUCCCGCUGCCCACAAACAACAAUGUUGUGACGGCCGUGGUGCCCAGCACCGCGCCGAGCCAGCAGCCGGCUCUCUGUCAGCCCAUGGUCUUCAUGGGCACCCAGGUUCCCAAAGGUGCCCUCAUGUUUGUUGUGCCCCAGCCAGUUGUGCAGGGCUCAAAGGCUCCCAUUGUUAGUCCAAAUGGCACGAGACUGUCUCCCAUUGCGCCUGCUCCUGGCUUUGUACCUUCUACAGCAAAAACCACUCCUCAGGCUGAUUCUUCAAGAAUAAGAAGUCACAUUUGCGGCUACCCAGGAUGUGGGAAAACGUACUUCAAGAGCUCCCAUUUGAAGGCUCAUGUCAGAACACACACAGGAGAAAAGCCGUUUAGUUGCAGUUGGAAAGGCUGUGAGAGGAGGUUUGCACGGUCUGAUGAACUGUCCCGGCACCGCAGGACGCACACCGGGGAGAAGAAGUUUGCCUGCCCCAUGUGCGAGCGGCGGUUCAUGCGGAGCGACCACCUCACGAAGCACGCACGUUGCCACUUUUCGGCAAAGAAAUUACCGAACUGGCAAAUGGAAGUGAGCAAGCUCAGUGAUGUUGCCGUGCCACCAACGUCUGCAACCGCCCAGUGACAGGACUUGAUCUGAAGACAGUGGAAUUAACUGUUGCUGGGAUAGGCUGGCUGGAAAAAAGCUUUUUCUCCCGGUCUGUGGUUCUCCCGCACUGGCUGCUGACAGCAGUACAGAGAGGCAAAGGCAGCCUGCAGUCAGUCACAAAAAAUGUUGCUGUGGCUGACUGGAAUAGCAGGUGUCUUUUGCACUGGUGAGGAGAGAAAGAAGGGGAAGGCUCUAGAGCAGAGCAGCCACAUUGUGCCAGUUUUGAAUUUUGCAAAUCACUUGUGUAUGUUCUAGUUCCAGUCCCAUGCAAGUGUUUCUGAGGGUUUGCUGCUCAUGCCUGACGCCAGCUCCAGUUUUAGCUGUCAGUUGUCCAUCUUCAGUAGGCGCAGACAAGGACAGCGGCAAUGUACGGGCACGGGCUUGAAAGCCUAGAACCCACCUGCAUAAAAUAAUCUAUAUCUGUUUUGCUAUUUCUGCCACCUUUGCUUGGUAGGAGUCUUUCUCCUAACAGUUCUCCAGCCCCAUCAUAAUCGAUGAUUCGGUGCCAGACUCCUGGAGAUUUUAGACAUCUCCUUCUGCAUGGGGUGGUUAACAAACCCAGCUUUACACUGCUGUGUCCAGAGGGGCUUGGGAUGGGCAUGCAGGGGCAAUGCAUGGGCAGCCAAAGGGCAGGAACAUUGCUGAAUCCUUAAUAGCUUUGUAAUGUUUUCUCAGCUGCUUUGGCAAAUUUUGCGAUUGUAACAGCUGGUUAUACCCUGGCAUCGCAUGAUGCUUCUGCUUUUGUGUUGCUUGUGGUUUCCUUUCCACCUUCUCACUGUGCUUGUCAUAAGUGGAUAACGGGGCACCUUGAAGACAAACUUGGUAACCAUAAACUACUCUGGUUGAUUAAAGAAGAAAACCAAGAAUCUUAGAUUUCUUGAUUGUGUUAUUCUUUGAAAGGUGGUUUAUGCUAAAAUUGAAAUGGAUAUAUUAUAUAAUGUAUUAAAUUAGAAAGUUGUGAUUCAAAGAGGAAAACAAGGCAUCAAAGACACCGGCUAGAAUUUAAACCAGCUUUUGUGACAAUGCAUCAAUUCUCACUGUAUUUUAUCAUGUUAUGUUGAGGACACAUAUCAGAAAGUGAAUGGUUUGACAAUAGUGUAUUAGAUUUGCUUUUUGUGACUACUUUAAAGAUUUGCACAUUUCUUAAGUUGUACUUUAUACUUUGUUUACAAUAAACCAAUUUUCUUUAAUAUUGACUUUUUUUUUAAAUUCAUAGUGGAACUUACGCAUUUGCAAGGAAAAAUAACCUCAAAAUAAAAUUGUCCUGACCAAUGGAA